CUGAUUGUGAAAGUGUUUCUAAGGUCAUAAAUGAGGUCUGAUAGUAUUAAUACUUACAAUUAGAUUGUUGUAAUGGGAAUAUUGAUUUAAAUUGAGUUUGUUUUACCGUUUAGCCUUCAAUUUAACACAAAUAAUCAUCACCAUUAGGGGGUUUUUAACGAUACAGUUUCAAUUAGUCAGAAUCAAUGAGUUCUGAUGAAAAAGACGCAAAGUACAUAGUAGUGUAUUCAAAUUAAAUAAAAGUUCAGUCUUCGAACGCACAAUAACGGAAUCAAUCGUAUUGCUUUAAUGAAUUACAAGUUAAUAUAUUGAUAGAUUUUCUUAUCCAAAGAAUUUCUAUAUAGUGUUUCGAAUUUGUGAAAAGUUCUAGUUGGAUGAUGGUAAAUGAAAACUAAUCGAACAUGCUAAUAGUUACAAAUGUCAAGAUCGAAAUGAAAAACAAACUUUUAGCUGGGGAAAUUAAUUCAGUCGAUAAUUAAUAAGAUAAAUUCACGAUUACACAAUUGCAAAACUGUUGACCAUUGUCCAUAAUUGAAUAGUAGCCAUAAGAAUGUGCUAAUGAACAAGGUGACCAAUCACCACGAAGUAAUUACCUUAUAUCAUUAAAAUUUUCUCGCGUCAAUAGUAAAUUCAUUCAUAAAAUCAGAUCAUUGUAAUAAUUGUCAUUUUGUUGUCAAUUGAAAGAUUACGAGUUUUCUUUUCUCUCUCUCUUUCUCUUUCUCUCUUUGUCAUACGUUAAUCCAUCUAAUUAAAAGUUUCUCGUUUCAUCUCAUUUUCCUAUUCUCAUUCUUCUGUUUCCGCUUCCUUUUUCUCUAACUCUUGACUUCGAAACACUACUGUAGUUAUUGUUAAUAUUUUCAAUAGAAGCUCUGAUGAUCUCACUAUGAUGCAAUUGAUUCACUUCUUUAAUCUUCAGGAAACAAUUUAUCUAAUUAUUUGAUCACUUACAUUGAACAAGAGAUAUCUGAUUAAGGCAGGAAAAGAAAAGGAUGAAAGUGUCGUUAUUUUUACCUGGAAAAAUUUACCUCUCUCUCUCCCUCUGUUGCUCCCUUUUACUCUCAUUCUUCAAAUGUAUCAAUAAAUUGAAAGUUUUUUCGUUUUCAAUUCUACUCUGUUAUGAAUAAGUGAUUGAACUGCUUUGUUUUAUACGAAAUGGAUUUUGAACAAGAUGAUAGUUCAUUUACGACUCGUGAGUUAACAUAUCCGAUUGGAUGUUCUGCUGUUAAACAGUCCGAUAUUGUGAUUAUUGAUGGUCGACCAUGUAAAGUCAUGGAAAUAAGUACCGAAACUGGGGAAGACGGAGAGGAAAAGAUUCAUAUUAAAGGAGAGGAUAUUUUCAAUGGCGAUAAUCAUGAUGAUUUCUGCUCUCUAACUGAAAUGAUUACUAUUGCUGUAGUUUCAGACAAAGAGUACGAACUAGUUAGCAUUGAAGAAGGUUAUUGUGUGUUAAUGGAUGACAAGGAGAAACUCAGUGGAUAUACGAUUGCCUGCGGGUGA